GACAAAAAAUGGAACACACCAGCAGUGUGAGGAGACCUGAAAGUGGCACAUGGCAGCAAAGUGUGGCGAUGGAGACUGCAGCAAUGGGAGGCGUACAGGGACCCAUGAGAGACUCUGGACCUGGCAGCAGCAUGAGGAGGCGGUACAGGGGCCCAUGGCAGAUUAGGGGCCUGGCAGCAGCUAUGGGAGGCCCGUAAUCUGCCAGCACCCUAUGACAAAAAAUGGAACUCAGACACCAGCAGUGUGAGGAGACCUGAAAGUGGCACAUGGCAGAGUGUGGCGAUGGAGGGACAGCAGCAAUGGGAGGCCGUACAGGGACCCAUGAGAGACUCUGGACCUUGGCAGCAGCAUGA